AUGAAAAAACUUAAAGCUACGCGACAGAAUAAUCCAAAUGGCAGUUUGAUAGAAGUAGAAAAAGAUGGGAAUUGUUUCUUCCGUUGUGUUGCUUAUGAGAUUCUGGGGGAUUCAUCUAAACAUAGAGAAGUUAGGAAUACUACAGUAGAAUACAUAGAAAAUAAUGAGUUGUACUUUUCAAAUUUGAUUGAUGGCAGUUUUAGAGAUCAUGUACGGAACAUGCUAUUAGUAAAUGGAGAAACGUGUUCAUGGGCUACUGAGGCGGAAGUUACGGCUGCAGCAAUGUGUUAUGGUAUCGACAUAUAUGUGAAUGUGAUAUGUGGUCUACAAAAUAAUUGGCUUAAAUUUCCUAUGCAGGAGGGUGAUUCAUCAAGAAGUAGUUAUUUAUGCCUCAGACAUAUGAGUGAUCAUUUUGAUGUUUUGUGCAUGCCCCACAAACCGGAAUUAGAUGUACACAACCCCAAUGACUUGAUUCAUUCCCCAAAACCGUUCACGGAUAAAUUAAAGAGGACGUCACCGGAAGUUAAUGAAAAUAUUCCAAAUUCCGGAAUUACAGAUAUUGGUAAACAGGAAGCUGUUGUUAAUAUGUCGUCAACAACGCUGAGUGACGCACAGCUAUCUCUACUAUCAAAAGGAUUGAAAUUUGUACCGACACGGAGAAAUAUAGAUAAAGGCAAACUUAUAACUGAUUUAAACACGUGGGAACGCCGAAUGAGACUACAUGAGUAUUUUCAUGACAAGAAAACAGAAAACGAUACACAAAAUGAAUAUGACAGUAAAAAGAAGCAGUCAACGUGGACGCCAAGUGCGGGUAGGGAUAAAUGGUUAGACUCAUACAUCAAGAAAGUAAAAGAUGAUAUAAUUAAUGGGCUAAAAAGAAAAUUCAAAACAAAUAUUACAAGAACUGAAGAACAAGCAAUGAAAGAGCUCUUAAAUAAUGAUACUUUAGUUAUACGUCUGGCGGAUAAGGGGUCUGGUAUCGUUGUUAUGGAUACAGAGGACUACAGAGGUAAACUUCAGGCUGAGAUGACUGACAAUGCCACUUAUAUGGAGGUGAACGAAGAUAGAACGAAAACUAUUGAAAACAAAGUGAAAAAGAUGGCAGAUGAUAUAUGCAAGAAAGGAUCAAUUUCAAAAGAUUUAAAAGGAUAUUUGACAUCGUCUGGUGGUACAUCGGGUAAACUGCAAGGUAAUCCGAAACUGCAUAAAACAGGGGUGCCAUUGAGAACAAUAGUAAAUGGGAGAAAUCAUCCUUCUCCGGAGAAAAUGGCAGAAAUAGUAGAAAUGGAGCUACGCGCCCAUGUGACAUCACUUCCUUCAUAUAUUAAAGACACCACUGAUUUCUUAAGAAAAUUAGAGAAUAUUAAACAACCACUUCCGGCAGGAACAAUUCUUUUCUGUUUAGACGUGAAAGCCCUGUACCCAAGUGUCCCACGGGCAGAGGCACGAGAUGCGGUUGCACGUGCAUUAAAUCAACGUGCCAACCCUAACAUACCCACAGAAGAUGUUCUUAAUAUGAUGGACACUGUCCUUGAAAAUAACACUAUUUCAUUUGAUGGAAGAAAAUUCACGCAGACAGAAGGAACAGCGAUUGGCUCACGAUUAGGGAUGAAUUACGCAUCUACUUAUCUUGGAUCAUGGGAAUCACAGCUGAUGACGAUAACAGAUAAACUUCCGCUUGAGUAUUUCCGGUAUGUUGAUGACGUUUGGGGCCUUUGGACUCACGGUAUCGAGACGUUAAAAGCAUUCCAUGAGCUUGGGAAUAACCUUCAUCCAAGAAUAAAAUUAGAAUUAAGAUAUUCUACUGAAAAACUUGAGUUUCUCGACGUAAUGACGAAGAUUCAGAAUGGCAUUUUAAUAACAGACCUAUACACUAAACCCACAGAUAAACACCU